AUGUCGAGAUCUUCAAUGUCACCCACCGAAGAAAACAACAACACGAGCAGCAACAACAAUAAUAAUCCUCCCACUAGCACCCGCGGCAGACGACGCUCUCACCACGCCUGUCUGACUUGCAGACGAAAGAAGACCCGUUGCCCAGGCGAGAAGCCAGCAUGCUCCAGCUGCGUCCGCCUCAAACAGUCGUGCUCCUAUCCCCCGGCAAUCAGGCCCUCUCAGAGCGGUCCUUCGGAGGAGAGAUUGGCCCAUCUGGAGGAGAAGCUUGACUUCUUGCUGAACGGAAGCUUGCCUACGUCACAACAAAAACAGAACCAACACCACCAGCAAAACCAUCACCAACAGCAACAGCUCGAUUCGGCCCUCGAAGAAACAACAGACACGUCCGAAAAGUCAUACUCUGGCGUGCGAAACACGCGCGAGCACAGUUACCCUACAAGCCAUCCCUCAGUAAAGUCCGAAUCCGAGAACUCGUCUCUGCGACCGAGCCAUUCCGAUAUCGCUGUUGGUAUCUCAUUGUACUUUGAGUUCUGCCACCGACAGCCAAUAUGGUGUUUUGAGCGCGACGAGGUCAGGGACUUUGGGUCUAUGCAUGAUGAGCUUGCUUGCAGCAUUCUUGCCUUGACGCUGCGAUUCUCUGACAAUGGCGAUCAGGCAAAGUUGUACGCCAACAAUGCCAAGAGUCUCAUCAUGCUGAGGAUCGCAAAUGGAACUGUUGAUCUUGCGACACUUGAGAGUCUCUGUCUUCUCUCGUACUCCUCAUUUAUUGACGGUAAUGUUCACCUUGGCCAAUUCCACCUCGGCCUUGCGCAUCAAUUAUGUCGCUCUGCGAUGCUGGACGUCGAGACCGUUUACGGCAUGGAAGAUCCCAUGUCGGACCGCAAGAAGAGGCUAUUCUGGAGUCUACAGAUGCUUGAGCAGUCUUACGGCCGACAAGAAGGUCUUUUGAGCGUACCAACAGAGGUCUGGCGCCCGGCCUAUUCCACUACUCGAGGCCAAAUGCCAGACCCAAGAGCGCCGUCUCUCCCCAGGGAUGAUCUCGGUUGCCAACACCAGAACGAACCUGGUAUCUGGAACACCAGUGUUCAUCUCGGCUGGGUCUGGAGUCAAGUGCGAAAAUACGUCUCCGAUUGCUCACACAACAACAUCAAGGAGCCUUGGAGACAUGACUCGAUGUACGCGAAAGUCCUCGCCGACUUUAUGGAGACGGAGAACAGGAUACCCAUGUGCCAUCGCUAUGACACUGUCAAAUUCUACGAGCGCAAGGUCGAGGACUUGAAGAUACAUCGCGAUUACUGGGCGCCAUGGUUGAAGGAACAGUUCACAUACCACGUCAUUCCGACUGUAUUGAACCAUCCUUUCUUGUACAUCGUGGGAGCCCAGCACAACCCCAACCUCGCCAUCCCAAACACUUUUUGGAGGCGAUCGUCAGAAUUGGCACUUCUGCAUUCCACAUGGAUCGUUCGAAUGAUCGACAUGGUCGUCGAUAAGCAAGUACCGCUUGCAGAUCCUUUCUUCGGCCACGUCGCUGCCAUUGCGGCGACUGUGCACCUGUACUACUGCUGUGCUGCUGCGACGCGAUUAAAGCACAAGUCAAACACGGACUUUGCCAAGUGCAGGCGAUUUUUGAAGACGUUUAUGCACACUUCAGCAGCUUGCAGAGCAUUGGACCGCAACCUUGACAAGAUGACGCGCAUCGCUGCAGGUACAUCUGAUAGCAUGGACGUUGAAGACUGGAUGCCCUCAAAGAUCUACCUCAGCGUCCCUCUCAUGUGGAAGAUCCUCCAGUUCAACACUUUCGCAGACUCUCACGAGCUCCCAACAGCUGGUCUUCUCAACCAAUCCCUCGUCCCAAACCCCACAAACGAGGAUACAAACGAGAACAUCACGCUGGAGAUCAUCGUCGCGAGCGCACCGGAGAUCACAAUCAACACUGCAGACGGCGGCCAAGAAGCGCCAACGGCAUCUUACAAGGCCCCGCUCUCGUCGCAGGGUCCGGACUCUGCGCGCGACACUGUCUACGAUGAGGUGCCAGUGGACGAUAACUUGACGCUAUGCACUACGCCAUGGCUCUACGCGGACUCGUCGCAGUUCGUCAACAUUGCCGACAUGGGCUGCGAUGACCCCCAACCUGCCCUGAGCGAGAGCAGAGGGCCUGCAUGGUGGGAAGGUGAAAAUUUUAGUAAUAUCAUGUUUAAUCACUUUUAG